GGUGUCCACAGCCUGGAGCUUCCAAGUGUCCACGUGCCCCUCUGCAAAGAAAAGGACUCCACCUGCCCGGUGUGGGAAAGGAGGGUCUACUGGCCCAGUCGGUUGCGUCCCAACCCCAAAAGAGGCCUUCCUUCGCUAUAAUGCUAGCAUCCGGUGACUUCGCCUCUGCUUCCUGGGAGCUCGUGGUCCGAGUGGACCACCCAAAUGAAGAGGAACAGACUGACGUCACACUGAGAGUGUCCGGAGACCUGCACAUCGGGGGAGUGAUGCUCAAGUUGGUGGACCAGAUCAACAUAGCCCAAGACUGGUCAGACUUUGCUCUUUGGUGGGAACAGAAGAACUGCUGGCUCCUGAAAACCCACUGGACUCUGGACAAGUGUGGCGUGCAGGCAGACGCCAAGCUUCUCUUCACCCCUCAGCAUAAGAUGCUACGCCUCCGCCUGCCCAAUGGGAAGACCGUGAGGCUGCGCGUCAGCUUCUCUGCCGUGGUGUUCAAGGCUGUGGGUGACAUCUGUAAAGCCCUGAAUAUUAGACGCUCAGAGGAACUCUCCUUGUUAAAGCCUUCUGGGGACUAUUUUAAGAAGAAAAAGAAAAAAGACAAAAAUAACAAGGAACCUGUUAUUGAAGAUGUUCUAAACUUGGAGAGUUCUUCAACAAGUUCUGGUUCACCAGUAAGUCCUGGCUUAUACAGUAAGACCAUGACUCCCACCUAUGACCCCAUCAAUGGGACACCGGCGUCAUCCACCAUGACAUGGUUCAGUGAUAGCCCCUUGACAGAGCAACACUGCAACAUCCUGGCCUUCAGCCAGCCUCCUCAGUCACCGGAAGCACUGGCUGACAGGUACCAGCCCCGGACUCUGAUUGAUAAAGCCAAGCUGAAUGCAGGUUGGCUGGAUUCCUCACGCUCUCUUAUGGAACAAGGCAUCCAGGAAGAUGAGCGACUACUGCUACGAUUUAAAUACUACACUUUCUUCGACUUGAAUCCUAAAUACGACGCUGUCCGGAUAAACCAGCUCUAUGAACAGGCCAGGUGGGCAGUUCUCCUGGAAGAAAUUGACUGCACAGAGGAGGAAAUGAUGAUCUUCGCGGCACUGCAGUACCACAUCAGCAAGCUGUCAUUGUCCGCUGACAUCCAGGAUUGUGCACACGAGUCCGAGGUCGAUGAAGUCGAAGCAGCACUGUCUAAUUUGGAAGUGACUCUUGAAGGUGGAAAAGCAGACACCACUUUGGAGGACAUUACUGAUAUCCCUAAACUUGCAGAUAAUCUGAAAUUAUUUAGGCCCAAGAAGCUAAUAUUAAAAGCUUUCAAGCAAUACUGGUUUGUCUUUAAAGACACAUCUAUCGCAUACUUUAAAAAUAAGGAACUUGAACAUGGAGAACCAGUAGAAAAACUAAACCUUAGAGGCUGUGAAGUUGUGCCCGAUGUGAAUGUAGCUGGGAGAAAAUUUGGAAUCAAGUUACUAAUCCCUGUGGCUGAUGGCAUGAAUGAAGUAUAUUUGAGAUGUGAACAUGAGAAUCAAUAUGCCCGCUGGAUGGCUGCCUGCAUUUUGGCAUCAAAGGGCAAAACCAUGGCAGACAGCUCCUACCAGCCCGAGGUCCUCAACAUCCUUUCCUUUCUGAGGAUGAAAAACCGCAACUCCUCUGUUCACAUGGCUUCCAGUCUUGAAAACAUGGACAUGAACCCGGAGUGUUUUGUGUCUCCUCGGUGUGCCAAAAAACACAAGUCUAAACAGCUGGCCACCCGGAUCCUGGAAGCUCAUCAGAACGUGGCCCAGAUGUCCCUGGUUGAAGCAAAGCUGCGGUUCAUCCAGGCAUGGCAAUCGCUUCCAGAAUUUGGCCUCACCUACUACCUCGUCAGAUUUAGAGGAAGCAAGAAAGAUGACAUUCUGGGGAUUUCAUACAAUCGGUUGAUUCGAAUUGAUGCCAUCACUGGGAUUCCGAUUACAACAUGGAGAUUCACCAAUAUGAAACAAUGGAACGUAAACUGGGAAAUCCGGCAGGUAGCCAUCGAGUUUGAUCAAAAUGUCUCCAUCGCCUUCACCUGCCUGAGUGCAGAUUGCAAGAUUGUGCACGAGUACAUUGGUGGCUACAUUUUCUUGUCUACCCGUUCCAAGGACCAGAAUGAAACCCUUGAUGAGGACCUCUUUCAUAAAUUGACAGGUGGCCAGGACUGAGUGGAAGCUGGCUGCCUGCUUGGCCUCCUGGACGUGGAGAGUUCUCCCUGGGCACCAUGGCUUCCUCAGUGGGUAGAUUCCAGACUCAUAGAAUAUAUUCACCCAUGGAUACCAGGAUCCUCACCUCACUUGGGCACACUGCUGGCCCAGCCCUGGCCUUACUUUUCCUUGUGCUACCUAAAGUGUCAGGGUCUUUGUGGCCUUUUCUAUCGAAGGAGAGGAUGAUACCAAGAUUGCUCUGCAGCCCAGCACAUAGCUAUAUUUGGUGACUUACAGCACCUGCUAAAUGUUGCCUAGAAGUUAACCUUGUGGGUUUUGGCCUCUUUGUAAGUCAGGAACAAAGACAGAAGGGUAAAAAAACCACACACAGCAAAACUUGGGUAUAAAGAGAAAUGGGUCUUUCCUCAAUGAAUCUGAUCUUAGCUCUCAUCUUGUCAAAAUGGCAGAGGGAACACACAAACACACACACACACGCACACACACAUACACACACACACACACACACACACACACACACACUCUUUCCCCCUGGAGGUCAAGGAGAUGUAAGGAGAAAUAAUAAGCUUAACUGGUCCCAGGAGCCAAAACAGUGAUCAUCAGUGCUGUCGGUCUACAGAGACAACAGCCAAGGUGACUCUUGAUCCAUUGGGUCUAAUCAUUGGCUCUCUCAUGUUACUGCUGCCACCAAAAUCCCCAUUUCGAGGGACGCUUUAUACACAUUAACAUCCUUUCAGGUGGAAAGGGGCCAACAGAGUUUCACAUGUAGCCAAGGCUGGCCUGAAACUCAUGAUCCUCCUACCACAGCCUUCUGAAUGCUAGAAUUGUAGGCAUAGGUGUGCACCACCACACCUGGCUUCUUCUUGAAGAUGUGAGUCACUCAGGGACAUAGGGAGAUCACUUUGUCAGCCCAGGUCCACAUCUCAAUGGUUUGUGCUCUGGACUUGGGGCUCAGGAAGACAGACCCAGUUCUUUGUUCA